AACCCGCUUAGUGAUACUUCUAACUCCUCUAAAGAUAUUACCAUACUCCCUUUCUCCUCAUUAUUACUUCCUUCUACUUCACAGACCCAUUCAAUAUCCCUCCUCCACGCCAUCUCUACCCCAAAUCGAAAAUCUCCCUUUCAUCCUUGCUUUCCCUUUCCCUCUCAAAUCAACUUGGAGAGAAAUCGGAAGGCAGAAAGCGCAAUCAAUCUCUCCCCCGAAUCCGGCCAAAUCCCGCCUUUCCGUCGCUCCACGCCUUCCAUCCACGGUCUAACCGCCCUUCUGGUGGUCCUGGUCAUGUCCUCGGUGCAACGUCACCGUGAGGCCCUUCAACGACGAACGCAAGGGGAUUGGGCCGAGCGUGAGUAUGUGGAACUGAUUUCAGGGUCCUUGAAGCGUUUGGCGGACUUCCUCAAUGCGUUUGACAUGAGUGUCAAGGGGCGGAUGUCCAACCUGAACGAGAAGCUGACCGGAUUGGAGCGGAAGGUCACUUAUCUCGAGGCCAAAGUCGGGUUGGAGGACCCGGACGAGGUGGAUGAGGCCCACGAGGAGCCUGGCACCGAGAGCGUUUAGAUAGGGACCAUGUUUGAACUUGGGAUGGGGGUGGUGAUCGGAACUUUGUGGGGAUUGGUGAUCCUGGGGUAUUGGCUGAUGCGCAAUUUUUGUUUCAACUUUGUGAAUGGUAACACUAUUGAAUUGGACGUGGUGGAACCGACUGUCGUCCGGGAUCCAGGCAAAUACCUGUGUCAGCAAGUCAAAUUUAUGAUGAGAUUGAAGAAAAAGAUGAGAAGGUUCAAGGAGAGAAAAGAACGUCAGAACGAGCUAUAACUAUUAAUUAUGAUAAAAUUACUAUUUAUGCCACCCAAAGAAUAUACUAUGGCGAAUAAUUAGAAUGCA